AUGGCGAUUGACAUAUGCAUCCCAUUGACGACACUUGGGUUCGAGGAUGCGGACGUACUCGUGCAGCGUCGCACAGGUAGAAGUGAGGGUAGAAUAGUGAUAUUAUGUGGAUGUGGUAGACUUGAUGGCACCGAAAUUUCAGAAGCUGUAUCAACAGCUAUACAUUUACGGCAUAAAAAAAUGAAACCAUUAUUUUAUGCUCCGGACGUUGAAAUUUGUGGUGUAGUCAAUCAUCUUACCAGAGAGAUGGAUACUGAAAGUACUAGAAAUGCUCUCGUUGAAGGUGCCAGAUUAGCAAGAGCGUGCAUAAAACCUCUAUGCGAGUGCGAAGCUUGUACACAUGGUGCCCUUAUUAUACCUGGAGGAUUUGGCGCUGCACGCACUUUGAGCGAUUUUGCCGAAAAAGGUACCGAUUGUACUGUUCUACCCGACUUGGAGAAGCUCAUCGAAGAUUUUUAUUGCGAAAAGAAACCGAUUGCUACUAUGUGUAUAGCUAGUGCACUUGUUGCUAAAGUGUUGAAGGGUGUGAAAGUUACACUUGGCAAGGACUCACCUAAAAAUGACUGGCCAUAUGCUGAUGCUAUCAAGAAGGUUAAGGAUAUGGGUGCUAAAGUAGAAAUGAAAGAUGUUAAAGGAGUAACGUUAGACAAGAAUUUUGGCGUUCUCAGUACACCAGCCUGGUUAUAUGAACCAGCUACUUAUGCAGAUGUUUAUGAUGGUAUUGGUAAACUUGUUACAAUGUUAAAAAAAUGCAUCAAUAAGUAA